AUGAAGCGCACGGAUACUCCAGGAAUGAAGUCGUCGUCCGGGAAUUCUUCGCUGCCCGGUGCUGCGGCGGACGAAUCGGGGCUGGAGCCGUGGCGCGAGCUCUUCCGCGGUCGCGACAUCUACGACGUGAUCGAAAAAGCCAUCCUGGUCGCUGCCACCGAUUCGCCGCACGAGUUCCGGCGCCGCCGUGACGGCAUCGUGGGGCAGAUAUACACCGCGCGGACCGUGCCGGCGGUUCCGCAGGGAAGGGCUGCAGGCGAGCGCAGCGGUAGAGCUCUGGAGGUGUCGGAUAAGGCCGGAAGCAAACUGGCGAGCUGCACGGUCGCGCCUGCGGAGGAGCCUGAGGAUAACAACGACAAGAAAAAGGGCAUCGCCGCUGCCCAGCACGGAAAUGGCGACGGUGACAAUAAUACCGACGACACUGCCUACGGUGCGAUCGGGAUGGAGUGGCUGCAGUCACUCUCGGAUCAGAUGGACGCAGAAACCCAGGAGAUUAAUGAGGUUCUACGGAUCAAGGAAAUCCUCCUGAAUCACCCUGAGCAGUCAGUUGACAACUUGUUCGAUUCACUGAGGAGGCUACAGCUGAUGCAGCUCACUGCGGAUAAAAUCAAGAGUACAGAAAUUGGGGGUGCAAUUGUGGCAGUGAGCAAGCACAAGUCACAUAAAAUCAGGAUGCUCGUGCACGAAAUCAUUAAGUAA